AGCUGAGCAGAGCUGAAGGCUGCUGCAUGGUGGUUUCAGAAACUGCCUACUUAAUUUGAAAAGAACAAUGGUAGGAAAGGCUAGAUCUUCCAAUUUUACCUUAUCUGAAAAGCUUGAUUUGCUAAAGCUUGUGAAGCCAUAUGUUAAAAUUCUCGAAGAACACACUAAUAAACAUUCAGUAAUAGUGGAAAAGAAUAGAUGUUGGGAUAUCAUAGCUGUAAACUAUAAUGCAAUUGGAGUAGAUCGCCCUCCUCGAACAGCCCAGGGCCUACGCACCCUUUACAAAAGGCUCAAAGAAUAUGCCAAACAGGAGCUAUUGCAGCAAAAAGAGACCCAAUCAGAUUUUAAAGGCAAUAUUUCUGAGCCAACCAAGAAAGUUAUGGAGAUGAUUCCCCAGAUUUCCAGUUUUUGCCUGGUAAGAGACAGGAACCACAUACAAAGUGCAAACUUGGAUGAGGAAGCACAGGCUGGUACGAGUUCACUACAGGUAAUGUUGGAUCACCAUCCAGUUGCUAUUACAGUGGAGGUGAAGCAAGAAGAAGACAUUAAGCCCCCUCCUCCACUGGUUUUAAGUUCUCAACAGAGUGAUAUUUUAGAACAAAGAGAAGACCAUGAAUUAGUACAUGUUAUGGAAAGAUCUUUGUCGCCGUCACUUUCCUCUGUUGAUAUGAGAAUGACAUCGUCUCCAUCUUCUAUCCCAAGGAGAGAUGAUUUUUUUCGGCAUGAGCGUGGAGAACACUUUAGGUCACAAUUAGGGUAUGAUCCUCAGAUUCUGCAAAUGCUUAAAGAGGAGCAUCAGAUAAUUUUAGAAAAUCAAAAAAAUUUUGGAUUGUAUGUUCAGGAGAAGAGGGAUGGAUUGAAAAGAAGGCAGCAGCUAGAGGAAGAGCUGCUAAGAGCAAAAAUUGAAGUGGAGAAGCUGAAAGCAGUUCGCUUACGGCAUGAUCUGCCUGAAUAUAAUAGUCUCUAAUAUUUUUUUUCGGUCUUGCAAUUUGAUGAUUUUAAUUUUGACCAAAUUAUUUUCAUUUGGGAGCAGAAUACAUACUCUUAAAAGUGCAUUAAUCUCAAUUGUGAAAAAACCUUUUUUGACAUGGUUUUCUAAUUAUUUAAUUUUCUUUUGAGAUAUAUUAAAACUUAUUGAUUGGUUGGCAUGAUUAUAUAGUUUGUCUUCGGUUUUUUUCUAAGAAGUUCGAUUGUUGGCCUUACAAAAGAUUUCUUAUUUUGAUCAUUAAAUUAGAGCACACAUAAAUAGAUAUACAAACAUAUGUAUUCUUUCAAAGCUCUGAGUCUUUGACAUUUUAAAUUAGAGCUUUGAAAGCUAUAGUUCAAGGUUUUUAAGUCAGUCUAAUUUAGGAGCAAUACUAGCCUGAUUAACAGAAGCUUGCCUAUAAAACAUUGAUUUUUAUGCUUUUCUGUUUUUGAAGAAGUGACAGGAUUUUAGAGAUGAAAGGUACUUGGAAAUCACUUUUUUUCUACCUCUUUGAUUCAGAGGUAGUGAAACUGAGGUCCAGGGAGAGCUUAGUGACUUGAUAUAACAAAGCUGUUUAUGGCAGAGCAAGGACCAGUACUCAGAUUUUGUUUCUUUGUAGUUUCCCCCCCUGCUAUUCCAUAGAAGUAAAAAUCCACUAAAAUGUCUUCCUUAUGAAAAAAUUAUGGAAGUGUUUAUUUCAUUACAAUUGCUUUUAAAGAUUCUUAGGUUAUAGAACCAGGGAACUUGUAUCAGUUACCCCCAACCUUCUUUCCUUUCUUGUCCAGCAAAAUAAAUGUUCUCUUAGAACAGUUAUAUAUUUUGGCUAUAAGAUUAAAUGUCUUAAUUUAUUUUUAAUGUCUUAUUCUGAAAGACAUUUAUUUUACAGUAAAAGUCACAGU